CUGAUGAGAUGGCCAAACUUCGCGAGAAGUACAGGAAAGCGAAGAACAAAGUUCGAAGAUUAAAAGAAGAGCUGCAGACCGUCACAGAGCUGAACAGGGACCUCCAGAGGGCCCUGGUACAGAAAGAAGAACAAGUCAGGGCAGUAGCGCCAGUUGCCAUACCUGCUCCUGCACCACCUCCUGUGAUGGAAAGGGCCGCACAACCAGCUGCAGCCUUUGGCCCAGUGGCAGCUCCUGUGGCUGCUGAAGCAUUCGCUGCAGCAGGCUCCAGUAAUGAGCCUACGUACGAGCUGCUGACAUACACUGAGGAGGGUGAUAUGCAAGACACCAGCAUUGGCACAACCCAGUGCAUGAAAGUCAUAAUGUUGUAG